UUUUUCAUCCAAACUCACACAAAUCAUCAUUUUAUUUAUAUCUACAUACAUUACUUUAAGAAGAAAUGGAUUUGCCUGAAAUCGCAAAGAAAUUAGGGUUAACCGAAUCAAAACAAAUUGUUCGUAAAGCCGCCGAGCUCCGUCGUAUGUCUGAUCUUCAAUUUGAUUCUUCCAGUGCCGGAAUUGGAGAGAUCUGUAAAGCUGUUAUCUGCCUUGAGAUUGCUGCUAAUAUGAAGCAAGUUUUAUUUGAUCGGCAGACUGCGAUUAGGUUGAGUGGAAUGUCUGAGAAGGCAUACAUUCGAUCUUUUAAUGUGAUGCAGAAUGGAAUAGGUUUAAAGAAUAAGAUUGACAUCAGAGAACUUGCGAUUCAAUUUGGAUGCGUUAGGCUUAUUCCCAUUGUUCAGAAAGGAUUAUCUCUAUACAGGGAGCGGUUUAUUGCAUCAUUACCUGCUUCCCGUCGAGCUAGUGCUGACUGUUCAAGGCCUGUUUUUACCGCCACAGGAUUUUACUUGUGUGCCAAAAAGCACAAGCUCAAGGUUGAUAAGACUAAGUUGAUUGAACUUUCGGGCACAUCUCUAGAUGAAUUUUCAAGUGUAGCUACCUCCAUGAAAGACCUUUGUCAUGAUGUUUUUGGAGUGUCAGAGGAAAAGAAAGAUCCAAAGUCUGUGAAAGUGAACAGAGACUUGCUGGAUGUUUUACCUGAGAAAAGGCAAGCUGAAGAUGGUGGUUAUUCAUCUGAUGAAGGCAGAGAUCUUUCAGCCUACAAGAAGCGUAAGCGUCAGGAGAAUCGCAAAUACGAGGAAUGGAAAGCAACUGUAGUAGAAUCCAAUAAGCAAAUCCAGGAAAAAGUGGCUGUAAAAAGAACCAAGCAAGCACAACUUAAUUUUUUCAAGAGAGUUCCAGGAACCGAAGUUGGAGUGUAAUUAGAAUUGAUAGACCUUAGAGAUAAGGAUCGGCUAGAAAGCUGGCAUUGCUAAACUUGUUUGAAGAU